UGAAUUUCAGGACAGUAAACGUGAGUUUCCAAUGUUUUCAAUUUGUGUCAAAUUUUUACAAAGAGAUACAGGUUGAAAUGUAUUUAAUACUAAAAUUUGAAACAUUUUGUUUAUUUUUUGAAGUGGUAUACAGUGAUAAUGAUGAUGAUAAGUGGUGAACAUAUGAUACUUUUAAAUGUUAUAUAUUCAGCACUCAACCUGGCGUCAACGGUGAGUUGUGACUCCAGGGAGAUUAGGCUUAAAGCUGACUGCCAUGUCGGUUGUUCUCAUCCUUCGAAGCGAGUAACGCUUUUAACGUGACGUUAAGUUAUACUUGUAGGUUAGAACACGGUAAUAGGCCUAAAGUUUGCACCAUAUUUAUAUAUAUCAUAUAUCAAUUUCUCUUUGGGCCAUCUUUGGAAAACAUCCUAAUUUCGUACCAGAUAACUGUUUAUGUACCAUAUGUUUUGGAAGAAUUAUCGUGUGGUUUUUACUAUGAUAGAAUCGAUUCAAUAAUGUCGAAACCAGCGCUUAAACGGCCGGUCACUCCUAACUCGGUGCGGACGGAGACAACAAAUACAGGGUUGCCCGUGUCUGGUCAGAUGAAAAGCUAUCAGCAUUGGAGCCAGACUGUUUAUGAAAGUCUUGUAGGUACAGGACCCGACGGUAUCUUAAACUUAUCAAUUGAAGGAGGUUCAGAUAAUGGCGAAUUUGCUUUCAUCGGACCACUUGAUCAAGAUAGGGUUACAUAUAUUGAUGGGUUUGUUGAAGAAGGGGACAUUGUUUUGGAAGUACAAGGACAGAAAGUUGCAGGCUACACACAAAGGGAUGUUGUUGCUUGGUUGAAUCAUUGCUGUAGAAAUGGAAAUCCAGUCUCUAUUAAAGCAGCAAAAGCGGGGUACCUAACCAGAGAUCUCCGCCAGUACCUGAACACCCGUUUUCAGAAAGGUUCUGUAGAUCAUGAUCUUCAGAACACCAUCAGAGACAAUCUCUACCUCCGUACAGUACCUUGCACUACAAGACCUCCAAGGCCAGGAGAAGUUAAUGGAAUAGAUUAUACAUUCCUUACACCUGAAGAAUUCAUUGCCCUAGAGAAAAGUGGAAAUUUAUUAGAAAGUGGAAUUUAUGAUGGGAAGCAUUAUGGCACUCCUAAGCCAGCUCCCUCAGCUUCUGCUCUCUUUUCUGACUCUUCUCUUCGGAUUGACCAUCCUGUGGCACGCAAUCAUUAUGGCACUCCCAAACCCCCCAGAGAGAGUCCCAUGUCUAUGCCACGACGAACAAAUUCCAUCGGAAAUACUGGCAGUGUUGUUCUUCCUGGUGCACACCCUUCUUCUGAAGGAAAGAGACGACGAAAUCGUUCUAAUGUAGAAGCGAUGGCAGCCAAAAACAUGGAUCCCAUAGAAGCAGCAGAUUAUCCUCUCUUAUCAAAUCAGAAUGCGAGAUCAUCUACACCUCAAUCUUCAAAAAGUGGAUACAGAAACUCCAGUAACAUGGAUCAUAAUGAUUCUGUAACUGAUCUUGGUCCUCUACCUGACAACUGGGAAAAGGCCUAUACAGAAACUGGAGAAAUAUAUUUUAUAGAUCACAACCAUGGCACAUCUCAGUGGUUAGACCCUCGGUUAGCUAGAAUACAAAAGACAGCUAUUGAAGAAUGUGACGAAGAUGAACUUCCUUAUGGUUGGGAAAAAAUUGAUGACCCCCACUAUGGAACCUACUUUAUAGAUCAUGUAAAUAGAAGAACACAGUAUGAAAACCCAGUUUUACAGGCAAAACGUGGGACAAAUGAUGGGUUAGAUCUCAGUAGUAGACGAGAGCGAGAAGACAUUCCACGCUCUAGGCCACCACCUUUACGUGACGAUUACAGAGUGGACAGUGCCAAUUCUUCCGUGCAUCAUAGCCAGGGUCCAACUAACAGAAGUACAACUGGUCGUAGACUACCUUAUGUCUUUACCUCCAACCCUGCCGAACUUAGAGGGGAGGUUCUUCGUACAUCACUAGUGAAGAGUACUCGAGGAUUUGGUUUCACUAUUGUUGGAGGAGAUAAUGCAGAAGAAUUUUUACAGAUUAAAAGUGUUGUUCCAAAUGGUCCUGCUUGGAAGGAUGGGAAACUUCAAACUGGGGAUGUCCUGGUAUUCAUGGAUGACAAGUGUGUUCUAGGAUUUACACAUCAGGAUAUGGUGGAACUCUUUCAGUCCAUACCACCUGGAAACACUGUGCACUUAGAAGUUUGCAGAGGAUAUCCUUUACCAUUUGAUCCCAAUGAUCCCAACACAGAAAUAGUGACCACAGUUGCUGUGACAUCUAGUAACACACAAUAUGCUGAUGGUCAGAGUAUGUACUCUUCUGGCCAAGGAGGAACAAAAAUGGACAACUCUCGACUUUCAGGAGAUCCUGGAGAGGUAGAAUCAAUGGGCCGAUCUUCAAAGUCAAUGCCUGACCUUAGCACGGGUCAGGUUGACCACCAACAUCCUCAAAGACAUAAUAGUGCAGACAUUCUAAGCCCUAGUGGAGCAGACAACACUCCUGAUAUCCUGGACUUCAACCCUCAAAGUCCACACAAACCAGAAUUUUUAACAGUAGAGAUAGUAAAAGGAAGUGGAGGAUUUGGUUUUACAAUUGCAGAUAGUGCCUAUGGACAGAAAGUUAAAAAAAUUCUGGAUUGGCCACGAUGUCAGCUGUUACAAGAAGGUGACAUUUUAGUUGAAAUUAACAAUCUGGAUGUUCGUGGACUUUCUCAUGCUGAUGUAGUGCAAGUACUGAAAGAGUGUCCCAGUGGGGAUCAGGCUCGCAUCACUAUGCAGCGAGGAGGGAUUGCCUCACCUAUUAAGGGAAAGGGGAAGGCAUCAAAGAUAAAGUCCCCUGAUGAUCCAAGUGGCAUUCGAAAAUCAACAACUAGCCCUGCCUCUCACUCCAUGCAUGCUAAUUCUUCACAAGGCCAUCUUCCUUCUAUUCCUGGAGCAUAUCGAAGUAAAACUCCAACAGCUGACCUCUACAGUUCCAGAGACAAAGAAGCCAUCUCAGUUAACCGACCAAAAACUCCACUAGUUGAUACCAGGAACUGGAUUAGAUCACCAAGCAGUGAAAUAUCUUCAUCCCAGCAAGAAUCCUCCAGGUUACCCUCCACUGGUUCAGGAAAUGUGCCAAAUGUGAGAGGGAUUGGUGAUACAAGUAAUACUUCUUUUGGUAGAAAUGAAUCUUACUCAGGGUUGUUAAAAGUCAUGGAUCAGAGUGGCUCAUCUAGGGCUAUUCCUGAGAAGUCUUGGUAUAGUGACCAGAGUCGAGAACCACUUUGGAACUAUCACAGCUUCAGGGAGUCUGGAGGUUCAGGCAUGAAUACAAGUGAGGGAGACAGAAAACAGGAAAUGCUUUAUGGGUAUACAUCCCGUGUCAGUGGAGAUCUGUACAGAGAUAUGGGGCCAGCUUUCAGAAAUCCCAUUUAUUCUCAUAGUCCUGGUACUCGAAGUGAAAGAACAGAGAAUGAGUCUUUCUCUGCUUUGCCAUAUAAUACUAGAACUAACAUAGGCUACCUUCAUGGUUAUGGUGAUAUAGAAGACUCUUAUAGAGACAAUCAGGAUCUCAAUUCUGUACUUAACCACAGUAAAUCAAAUAAUAACAGAGGGGGUUUGGGUUAUUCUCCAUAUGGUACUAGCCAUGGUUACAGUAGAACUUUGUAUCCAAGCAAUGGAAAUAUUUCAGGAGAAUUACCACCUGGAAUUAGCCCACAUGACCCUUUACAGACUCCUUCUGGUAAUGAAAUGAGUUCUGUCUACUUAACUCCUCCAUCUUCCUACUACAUUGCACCAAAUAACUCUAGAGCAGGCUCUCAGUAUGACAGUCUGACUCGACGGAAACACAGUACGUCUUUUGAACACGAGCAGCCUGCAGCUGUCUCAUUGAAUCACGUACCAAGAGAUUCCAGGUCCACCAAUAGUAGCCUCAGUCCUAACCCAUAUGGCACAAUGGGUCCAAGACCACCACCAGUUGGCCGGACCCCUGAUUGUCUAGAAAUGACUGUAACACUUGUGAGGCAAGAAAGUGGUUUUGGUUUCCGUAUUGUUGGAGGGACAGAAGAAGGUUCACAGGUAUCUAUUGGUCAUAUUGUACCAGGUGGAGCAGCAGAUCUAGAUGGACGACUUCGUUCAGGUGAUGAAAUAGUCUCUGUUGACAACCAAGUAGUCCUUAAUACGUCACAUCAUCAUGUAGUUCAGUUAAUGGGGAAUGCUGCACUAAAUGGCAGGGUAACAUUAGGGCUGAGAAGAAGACACUCGUCUUUAGAUCCCUUAAACCACCACAAAUCAACUGAAAACAUAUAUCCAUAUGACAUAACAGUGAAAAGAAAGGAGAAUGAAGGAUUUGGAUUUGUCAUAAUAUCUUCAGUUAGCAAAGCAGGAUCAACAAUAGGUAGGAUUAUUGAAGGAAGUCCAGCUGAACGUUGUGUCCAACUCCAUGUUGGAGACCGCAUAUUAGCUGUGAAUGGCAUAAGCAUCUUAAACAUGCAUCAUGGUGAGAUUGUGAAUCUGAUUAAAGAUUCUGGAUACUCUGUUGUUCUCACCAUUGGUCCUCCUCAAGAUGACACUUCCAGCACAGCAUCAACUUCACAUAGGGGGGAGGAACACUCAACUGACCAAGAUGUUCAGUACUAUUCCGUAGAGCUUCAUCGAGGGACUCGGGGGUUUGGCUUCAGUAUCCGGGGUGGUAAAGAGUUUCAGAACAUGCCUCUCUUUGUGCUUAGGAUAGCAGAAAAUGGUCCAGCACAUCAGGAUAACAGGUUACAGGUUGGUGACCAGAUAAUUGAAAUCAAUGGAAUCAACACCAAGAAUAUGACUCAUGCAGAAGCGAUAGAACUCAUCAGACAGGGUAGCAGCAGUGUUAGAUUGCUAGUUAAGAGAGGAGGAAAGUUGCCUUCUGCUCUUGCUGAUCAGCCAAGUCCUUUAAGUCCUCCUGGUCCUCCACUGUCAUCAGUUCCAGCAGUACUUAAUGGUCCGAUCAGCCAGAGCUCCCCUCGAGGACCUCCACAAGCAGAUGUUAACAUGAGAGAUAUGUACUUAUGGAAUUAUGAUAUUCAUUCUUGAGUACUUUUGAACAAACCACUUGUUUUGUGACCAAGUAGAACUUAUGUCAGAAGUUAUUAAGAUAAUUUUUAUGUAUUUCUGUUUGCCAGCUGUUGCUGUUUCUGCCUAUAUUAUAUUUUAUUGAUAAUCAGCACAGUGAAAUGAGAAUAUGACACAAUGUGAUGUUUAAUGUGAAGAACUAAAAAUGUCACAAAUGUGACUUGCCUUAUGGAACAGUGCCCUAAAUGCUUCAAGUUAUCAAGAUUGUUUGUGGGGAAAAAAAUAUUGAAUAUUAGUCUGCAGUCUGUGCAGCUAUCAUUGUUGUCAAUGUGAGUAAUUGUUCAUUAUAACAGUGGCACAUGAAGUGUUCGUGGAAACCUGUCCCACCAAGAUUAAUGAAAAAUGAUUCAGCAUCUGUUGACAGUUGUGUAAAUUCAAUGUGGAAAAUGUUUAUUUUGUUGAUGGAUCAUGAACGAUGACUGUUAAAAUUGUUUAUGGAAAAAAAAAUCAAACUUUAGAGCAUGUUAAUAGAUCACAAACACAUUUUUUAGUUUCAUUGCUGCUACUUGCUAAGUUAAAAAAAAAAAAAAACCUGAAACUUGCUCGUUUUGAUAGACCAAAGUAAUAACCAUUAUUUCAUUCCACUUUUUAUGUGCUUCAUCAAGAUUUGUUGCAAGUAGACUUUUCUAACAUUUCUACAGUAACUUCUAAGAUAACUUUUUUUUUCUUAUGUGUAUAUAAAAAGUACAAUACAAAUAUUUUUGUUUGAUGGUGUAUAAUCUGUUCAUGCAUGUGGCACAACCAUAGAAUCAGUCGUGUUUAUGACCACUUAAUGAUUUUAAUAAAGAAUGUGUUUCGAUUUUAUUGUAUAUAUGUAUGGUUUUAUUUCAAUGUGAAUCAUGUGUGACAUUACUAUGAAUAUAUAUAAUUAUACAUUGAAUGCAAUUAAGAUAGUCUACAGUGUAAUUCAGUAUUCACAGCUUUUUUUCUUUGUUGUCUUUUAAGAAGUAGCAUGUGGAGAAUAUAUACCAAGUUUUUGUUCUUUAAUAUUACUGAAAUGGAUUAAACUCUGUACUUUUCUAUGAUAAUGUUAAUUAGCCAAUUUAUACAAGAUAUAAAUGUUGUUUCUGCUUUUAUCAUCUUUUAUGUAUCAUAGCUGAAGUUUUGUUUUUAAUUCCAACACUAUUUUUGAGAAAUGUUUUUUUCUCUUGUGUAGACAAAGAUCACUGUGUUACCUCGUAAAAAAUAUUGUUUGCUUAAAUAUCAGUGCUGUGUAUUUUUCGCUUUGUUGUUUGUUAUUAUACAUCAUUCAUAAUGAAUUUAUAUUUUAAAUUUGCAUUAAUGUUUUAUGUGAAUGUGUACUACUUGUAAAAUAUAUUAGAUUUUAAGCAUACAUAUUAACGUUUAAUUUUAUAGAAGGUUCAGUGACGUUAAGAAUGACAGCACUUUAUCUUAGCAGACAAUGAAAAUUGCAACUGUAAUAAAAGUUUACAAACGUUAAAAUUUUUCCUAUUUUUAAGAUUUAAAGAAAAACUGAUAGGAUCAUUAAGGAUGAAAUGUAAAUAAAGUUUAAUUGCAAUGCAUUUUGAAGUGAUUUAUUUGAUUUUAAAUUGCCAAUAUAGCCUUGCAAUAAAAGAAAAAAAGAUCUAUGGAUGAUGUAAAAAGCCUUGUCAGUAUCUUAACCUUUCAGGUAUUUGAUUGACAGAAAUGUCUGACCAUUUUGUAACAAGCCAAUAUUGUUGUACACUGUUUAGAAAAUAAAUAAAAGUCAUUUUUACUUAAA